AUGCAUCUCAAAAUCCGCUCUGCCACGGAAUCUGACCUGCACCAGAUCCACUCGAUCUUUACCCACUACGUGCAAAAUACUGUCGUAACAUUCCGUGUCAAUAAGCCACCAUUCUCAUACAUAGGGAAAAGAUUUCAUGAAGCACAGGAACGUGGUUUACCCUAUCUUGUUGCUGUGGAGAAGUCUGGCCAAGAUAACCCCAGUCAUGAAGGGAAUCCGACAGAAAAAGUCUGUGGAUACACUCUGGCUUCGGCCUUCAGAGGUUACAUGCUCGCAUACGCACCCACAGUUGAAAUGUCUCUCCUUGUCCACCCUGAUUACCAGUCACAAGGGAUAGGAAGUGCCCCUCCUCUCGUCGUUGGUGGAAGCUCUAAGGGAGGCAAAACAUUUUGUCCUAUGGAAGUCGGCGAUGCUGACUCUAUAAGCGCGUCUUUCACUAAGCUGUGA